AUGGAAGUCAAUUAUACGUACAGUAAGCGCAGACGGGAGUUCGGCAAACAAUGUCGUUUCGCCGAUUCCGAGACGAGUAUUUUGACGAAUGUGAUGCCUGACAUCAGCUUGGAAGAUCAGUGGAUACCGAAGAAUCCAGUGAACAUGAGAACUAAUAAUAGUGUAGAGUGGUCGGAGCACGAGGCAAACACGGAGCGCGUGGAAUACGCUGAUCGAGGGAUGUGUCACAUGGAAGGUGGUUGGCCCAAAGAUAUAAACCUAGAUGAUCCGGAACAAAUGGUUAGAUACCGGAAGAAAGCGGAAAAAGAAGAAUCGUACUUACAAUCGGUCAUGCAAAUGUCAAAUGUCGCUGAACAUUUCAUAAAACAAAAUAAUUCCAUAGAUAUUUAUCAAUCGUAUUUUACCGAUCCAAGUGAUCAGAAGGUGCAAACAUUAAUGCCAUCGUUUCGAACCGUCGCAGUGAUGCCUGACCCUUGUGAUCCAAUUAGGCCAGUACAACACAUAUCUUGGUCACCAGAUCAGGAUCUGAUUGCAGUCAGCUACGCCGAUAUAGGAUUCCAGGCAGCUAAUCCACAGAACAGUUCAGAUUCUUUCAUAUUCACCUUAGAGUCCAACACACCGUAUUUCUCGAUCGAGUCGCCGCAUCCAAUCAUCACGCUCGAGUUUAACCAUCGAAACGCUCAGUGUCUGGCGGGUGGGUUGAUGAGCGGCCAAGUCGCGUAUUGGGACAUUCGCAAGAGCUCGGCAAACGUCGCUAUCAGCAAUCUAAGACACGGACACCGCGAUCCCGUUAGAAGUCUCUAUUGGAUUCAUUCCAAGACCAAUACGGAAUUUUACACAGGUUCAAGUGACGGGCAGGUUAUGUGGUGGGACGUGCGAAAGCUCACGGAACCCACUGAGGUGAUAAUAUUGGAUUUAUCGAAAAACGAGAAUGACGGCGAACCGGAAUGGAGUAGAAAAGCUCGCACCCACGGAGUGACUUGUAUGGAUUACGAUUCAUCGAUCCCGAUACGUUUCAUGAUUGGCACAGAAACUGGAUUGGUGUUUAACGGCAAUCGUAAGGGCAAAACCGUAUUGGAAAAGAUUUCAGCUACUUAUUACUGUCAUCACGGCCCCGUGUAUUCAGCAAAGCGGAAUCCCGCGUUCUCGAAAAACUUUUUGACAGUCGGUGACUGGCAAGUCCGGAUAUGGUCAGAAGACGUCAAGGAAUCGCCUAUAAUGUGGACCAAACAUCACGAGGUGCGGUUAACCGAUGGCGCUUGGAGCGAAUCGAAGCCAUCGGUUUUCUACACGACCAGAGCGGACGGAUUUCUUGAGUGUUGGGAUGUGUUGCAAAAGCAAAGCGAUCCAAUAAUGACAAUGAAGGUGGCGGACCAGGCGCUGAACUGCAUCAGAUGUCAUGAAGGAGGUGCUUUGUUGGCGGUCGGCGGCAACUGCGGUAUAACGUAUGUGAUAAAAAUGAACGAUUGGUUCGUGACGCCAGGAAAAAACGAUCGGGCGCUAUUGAUGACUAUGUUCGACCGCGAGACGAAACGGGAGAAAAUAAUCGAAGCGAAACAACGAGAAUUGAAAUUGAAAACCAAAUCGUCGGCUAAAGCGGACACUGCGAUGGCAAAACUUAAAUACGACAAAUUAGUCGAAGCCGAAGCCCGGAUGAUCGCGGAGGCGGAAAAAGAAUUCGACGAUCUAAUCGCAACAAUCAAUGAACAAUUGAUCGAUGACAACAAUGACAACAAAAACAAAUUAAAAAAUCGAGUAGAAGUGGGUGCUGAUGAACUUCAAGAUCAAACAAAUGUUCAAUAAUAUUUUGAACCUAGAAUA